AGGGUGCAAGCUGUGAUAGCUUUUCCAUGCUGUUUGGUGAGAUAUUAUAUCGUGAGACGGGUCUAGUUGUCGUACCUGAUCGAGAGCCUGAGAUGGAGAAACCAGGGGAGAUGGAGAGCGGCAUCAGGGAGCAGCAGAUGCAGAUCGUGUGCGUGAGGAGCUCGUCGAUCGGCGACGAGGAGGAAUGGGAGUCUUCGCGGUCGUCGGCGCUGUCCCUGUUCAAGGAGAAGGAGGAGGAGAUCGAGCGGAAGAAGGUGGAGGUGAGGGACAAGGUCUUCUCCAUGCUCGGCAGGGUCGAGCAGGAGUCCAAACGCCUCGCCUUCAUCCGCCAGGAGCUGGAAGUGAUGGCUGAUCCGACGCGGAGGGAGGUGGAGACGAUACGCAAGCGGGUGGACAAGCUGAACCGGCAGCUCAAGCCUCUCGGGAAGAGCUGCCUCAAGAAGGAGAAGGAGUACAAAAUGUGUCUCGAGGCGUAUAACGAGAAGAGCAGCGAGAAAGCAAGCCUUGUCACCAGGCUAGUGGAGCUUGUGGGCGAAAGCGAGAGACUGCGGAUGAAGAAGCUCGAAGAGUUGAGCAAGACGAUCGAGACGCUCUACUAGAGGUUUCCAGUUUCGGCCGGCCGGUUUGGUGUGACUGCACGAGAGAGGGUUCCCAGUUCCCAUGUGCAUUUUUCUGAUGUUGGAAUCAAACGAAAAUGUAUUUCUA